UGAAUCAAAAACUCACUUCUCACAACAUUACAUAGCAGAAGAAUCGUUUGAGUAUACCAAAAGGAAAAAAAAAAAAUGAAAGGUGUUUACUUGCUUGUUGCUGUCUUGGCUCUCACUUCCUCACUUGUGUCUGCCUAUGACCCUAGUCCCCUCCAAGACUUUUGUGUGGCACUCAAGAAACCCGAUGGUGUGUUUGUGAAUGGAAAAUUUUGCAAAGACCCUAAGACUGUGAAAGCGGAAGAUUUCUUCCUACACGUGGAACUUGGGAACACCGACAACCCAUUGAAUGCACAGGUUACUCCCGUGGCUGUUGAUCAACUACCUGGACUGAACACAUUGGGCAUUUCUUUGGCUCGCAUAGAUUUUGCACCAAAGGGUUUAAACCCUCCCCACACCCACCCUCGUGGCACAGAGAUCCUUAUAGUUCUCGAGGGAACACUUUAUGUUGGAUUUGUAACCUCGAAUCAAGAUGGAAAUCGUCUUUUCACCAAAGUGUUGAACAAGGGUGAUGUCUUUGUCUUCCCGAUUGGUCUCGUUCACUUCCAACUCAACAUUGGAUAUGGCAAUGCAGUUGCUAUUGCUGGUCUUAGCAGUCAAAAUCCAGGAACUGUUAUAGUUGCAAACGCUUUGUUUAAAGCUGUUCCACCUAUUUCUGUUGAAGUUCUUGCCAGAGCUCUUCAAGUGGAUAACAAAGUAAUUGAAGAUCUUCAAAGGAAAUCAUGGUACGGCAAGGACUAGUCGGGCAACAUGGUCCAUCAUUUCUUAUUCUACAACUAUAAUGAAUUUCUUGUUUCUGUAAUCCCUAUACAAUAGGACUCCAGAUAAUUACUAAUAUAAUAAAUGAAAUGCAUGUUGAUUUUUAUACCUAAGUAUUGUUUUUUGUUGUAGUUUGAUUUGUUUCUUCC